AUGUCCCGCCGCAGCUCAGUCGCAGAAAGCACGCUCAGCAGAAUUAACUGGGGCUCCGUCCCGCCGCCGCUGAUGCCGCCCUCCGCCAAGACGCCCGAGAACCCUCUGCGCCGCCUCUCCAUGGCGGCCUCCGAGCUCCCAGCGCGCGCCCCGGACUCGCCGGAGCGGCGGCAGCGCCGCGAAAGCCUGGCGGCGCUGUACCCGCCUACGCCGGAAGGCGUGAUCGCGCUCGCGCGCGACGCAGCGUCGAACCACUCCUCGUACUGGACGAACGUGUACCUCCUCCUCAUCCUGCCGCCGGUGCUGGCGUUCGCGCUUGCGCGCCGCGCCGGCGCGGCCGCCGCCGCCCACGCGGCGUCGACGUACGCCCUCCUCACCCAAGACCCCAGCGACCCCGAGUACACGCAAGCCGGGGCGGUGCAGAUCGCCGCGCAUCUCCUCCUCGUCCCUGUGCUCAUCGCGACGCUGUAUCUCGCCCGCGACCACCCGCUCGUCGAGUACGCGGCCAGCGCUUUGCUCGGGAUCACGGUCGUCGCGCUCCUGCCGAUGCGCCCGCUCGCCGGCGUCAUCCGCACGAUGGGGCGCGCGCGCGCCCGCACUGCCGCACACGUCGGCGCACACGUCGAAAUCUACGUCCUCCUGGCUACCGUUCUCGGCAUCGCGCUCGGCUUGUAUGCGCUCAUCGACUACAUCAACGAUGAGAUACAGUACGAGCACUUUGCGCGCGAGGGCGCCGGACAGAUCCAGAGCGAGCUCGCGCAGCAGGUCGUGGCGCUCCGCGCUGAGCUGGCUGCACUCAAGGCGGCGGCGAAGGCGACGGCGAACGCCGCGUAA